CAUAUAUUUAUAUGUAAAAUUACUCCAUGACUAUUACAACAAAUAGUAAUAUUAAAGUAAAAAUUUAAUUAAAUUCUGAAUUUACUUCUGACAUUUUACGUUGAUAUACAGAUAUGAUGGCGGAGGCAAAGAUCUGCGAGGCGUUGAGCGGCAACUUCAAGGGGUUGUGCCUUAGUAGCCGCGAUUGUGGUAAUGUUUGCCGUAGAGAGGGAUUUACCAGUGGCGUUUGCCGCGGAUUUCCUCUUAAAUGCUUCUGCAGGAAGCCCGGUGCUUAAUUAACUCUCGAGAGGUGAAAGUCUGGACGGAUAGAUUGAAAUUUUUUUUUACUAUGAAUUAAUUGUUUUUUUUUUUUUUUUUUUUUAUAGUUUGUUGUUGUGCUUUUAUUUGUCACGAAAUAAGAUCAUUUGGAUUAAUGGUUGCUAUGGUAAAAAAGUUGUUGUCAACUUUUGAUUGUAAGUUUCUUUUUCGUUUGGAAAAUUAUAAAAAUAAUCAAUUGUCUUAAAAAGAGCUUAGUCCCCCUCCAAAGCAACAUAAUCAAUUUAGUAGAUCGUCACGAGCGGAUUCAAGAAAUUUCGCUCAAAACGCAUUCAAACAAACAUCUACAUCUCCUCACCUAUCUAUAGGCUAACACAAACGAAAAAUCACAAAAUAAAUCCUCAAUUCUCCCUAUUUCACUCAUGUCUUAAAAAAGUUUCGUCCGCUACAACUCAAUUCAUUUACAAGAUCGUCACGAGCGGACCCAAGAAGUUUCACUCAAAACGCAUUCGGACCCAAGAUUACAGGCAGAAUAUGAUGCAACUUCAACUCACCGAGAAUAUAAUUCUUGAUAAGAAAAUGUGAUGGUCUAAGUUUCUAGGUAGCAUAUGAUGCAACUUCAACUCACCGAGAAUAUGAUUCUUGAUAAGAAAAUGUGAUGGUUGAAGAUUAUAGGCAGCAUAUGAUGCAACUUCAACUCUUUUUCAACGUUCAUUCAGCUGAGGACCUAUCUGCAUCAAUUUCAUUAUAAUCUCAAGAUAAAAGUAAGAUCUGCAUUCUGCACUCUCCAAACGUCUCCAACCAAACUGUACUGAGUUUAUGGUUGUUGAGUUAUUUGAUACGACGAGUAGGAAGCAUGUUAAUUAACUAUGAUUAAUUCUAAAAAAAUUACACGUGUUAACUUAUAUUAUGUAUUGAUUGAUUUGAUGUAAAUAUAAAAUGUGAACACUUUUUAGCCUUAGAUAUUGGUGGAAUUUUCUAAUUUAGGUGAAUAUUUUUUUAAGUCUACAGAAUAUUUUUUAGUGUACAAAAUAUAUUUUCUUAGUACUCUAGAGAUUAUUUUCCUUUUUGGGUGUAUGUAAUGUUUUAUUUUCUUUAAUUGUUAAGGUUUAGGGUUUAACCACUUGUAUAAAUAGAGGUGUUUGUACAGUUAUUAUUCAUUCAAGAAUACACAAAGUAAUUCUUUCAGAUAUUGUCUUAUUUCUUUACUUAUUUUUACAUGGUAUCAAGAGCAGUGUUAUUUUCAUAUAACUAUUUCUGAAUUUUUUUCUCUCUUUCAUUUAGUAUUCAUAUUUCUGUGUUGUUUUUUUUCCCUCUUUCGUUUAGUAUUCAUCUUCUUUUUUCUCUUAUUAACUAAAAUGGGUGAAGUUCAAGAUCUUCCAAUCCAAACUACUGAAAAAAGUGAUGGAAUCCUUGCAAUUAAUGCAGUUGAUUCGUCACAUGCUUACUACAUACACCCUUCUGAUCAUCCCGACAUGAACCUUGUCUCCACCAUCUUUGAUGGAAGGAGUUAUGGUGGCUGGAGAAGGGUAGUUAUGAUUGCACUUUCAGCCAAGAACAAACUAGGAUUCAUUGAUGGAUCUCUAGUUGUUCCUACUAAUACAAAUCUUCAGACAGUCUAUGCAAGAUUUGUGAGUGUGAAUGUGGUGCAAAAGAAAAGGGAGAAAAAGCCCAUCAAGAUGAGAGGCUGCUCCAAUUUCUCAUGGGUCUGAAUGAAUCCUUCGUAGGGGUUAGAAGUAAUAUUCUGUUGUCUUCUCCUCUCCCUAAUAUUGGUCAGGCAUAUUCCCUUGUGAUUCAAGAUGAAAAACAGAGAGAAAUUCAUGCUACUCCUGCUUACCCAGGAGAAUCAACUUCUUUUCUUGUUGGUAAUGGAGAUGGAAGAAAGUUUGAUGAGUAUAAAACUUAACAAGGCAAUCUCAUUAAGAAAAAUAACUUGACAUGUAACUAUAGCAAGAAAGUAGGUCACACUAUUGAUCAGUGUUACAAAAUUCAUGGAUUUCCUGCAGAUUUCAAGUUUACCAAGACCAAAAGGUACCAAAAAGGAGCUGUGAUUAACAAUGUUUUUGGAACAGGGCCCUUCACUGAAGAGCCCUCUGGUGCUUGGUAGAGAACAAGGAGGUCUAUAUGUGUUCAAGUCAACUCAAUCAACAGUUUCCACAAAGAAUCAAUCAGCAGAGUCUACAGAAAGUUUAUCUAAUUUUAGCUCUAAUAGUUUGUCCUUUUCAAAUUCAGUAGCUAAUGUCUUUACUUCUUAUUUGAGUUUCUUUGAUUCCAAUGUAAAAGAAAGACUAUGGCAUUAUAGGUUAGGUCAUAUGCCAUUGAGUAAUAUGAAGAAGAUUGUUUCAGUUUCUUCAUCUUGUUCAAAAUUUUCUUCUCCUUGUGCUAUUUGUCCAAUGACUAGACAAUCAAAGUUACCUUUUUCUAAAAGUGUUAUUUCCACUAAAGCAAUUUUUGAUUUAAUACAUGUGGAUACCUGGGGACCUUAUAAAACCACCACACAUGAUGGUUUUAGGUGUUUUUUUAAUAAUUGUUGAUGGUUUUAGUAGAGCCACUUGGACUCAUCUUCUUAGCACUAAAUCAAAUAUUUUUUCCAUUUUACAAUCAUUUCUUUCCAUGGUAGAAAGACAAUUCAAUACCAACGUUAAAAUAAUCAGAACAGACAAUGCUUUUGAAUUAGGAAGUGGUAAAAUACAAUCUGAUUUUUUUUCUUAAAAAAGGAAUCAUUCACCAAACUACUUGUGUUUACACUCCACAACAAAAUAGAAUAGUAGAGAGAAAACACAAACACUUACUAGAAACAUCAAGGGCUUUACUAUAUCAAUCUCAUUUACCUAUUAUUUAUUGGGGAGAAUACUUGUUAACAGCAACUUACCUUAUAAAUAGAUUUCCUUCCUCAAUCUUACAACAUAAGUCACCUUUUGAAGUUCUUUUUAAAUCUAAACCUAUUUAUUCAAAUCUCAAAUGUUUUGGUUGCCCAUGUUUUUUUCACCUUAUCUAAUCAUAGAACAAAGUUUGAUCCAAGGGCUUUGCCUUGUGUAUUCUUAGGGUAUCCUUAUGAAAAAAAAAGGAAUAUAAGGUAAUGAAUCUCAAAACAAAGAAUAUUUUUAUUUCUAGAGAUGUGAUUUUUCAUGAAGAGUAUUUUUCUUUUUUGGAUAAGUCAAAUAUUUCUCAAAAAUUAUUUCCUGUCACUAUUUCUUCUUCAUCAAAUUUUGAUAUUCCUAAUGCGCCUACAAGCUCUAAUUUUCCUUUAUAUCUAUCAGAACCAGAAUCUGAUUAUCUUACUUCAUCUUCUACUUUUUCAAUUACUGAUCCUAUUAUGCCAACUUCGGAUUCCAAUAAGUCAGUUCCUCAUUCUCCAGUCUCUGUUUCAUCUCCUUCUCCUACUUCUAUCGAAGAUUGCACUUCUCCUCGUCCAAAUCAAAUCUUGGACACCGUGCUUAGGAAAUCAUCUAGGAUAACUAAAACACCAUCUUAUCUUCAGGAUUAUGUUUGCAAUGCUCUUCAAUUCACAGAUGUAAGUUCUAUAUGUUUUCUUAGUCCUGUGACCCCUAUUUCUUUUUCUUUUAAAGAAUUGUCUUCUCCUAACCAAGUCAUGCUCAACUCCGUUUCUAGUAUUCAUGAACCUGUUAACUAUGAACAGACAGUAUAUAUUCCAGCAUGGCAAGAAGCUAUGGAUAAGGAAUUAGCAGCUCUAGAAUUGAAUAAAACUUGGAAUGUUGUUGUUUUACCUUAAGAAAAGAAAGCAUUGCCCUGUAAAUGGGUUUAUAAGAUCAAACAACAUUCAGAUGGGAGUAUUGAAAGGUAUAAGGCCCGAUUAAUUAUUAGCGGUGAUAUACAAAAAGAGGGAGUAAAUUACAAUGAAAUAUUUUCACUGGUGGUAAAAAUGACUACUGUGAGAUGCAUACUUGCUAUUGCUGUGAAAAAAGGAUGGGGUCUUUUUCAGUUGGAUGUUAAUAACGCCUUUUUACAUAGGGAUCUUAAUGAAGAAGUAUAUAUGAAAUUCCCUACUGGGAUUACUCCACCUUCACCUAACCAUGUUUGUUUGUUGAAAAAGUCUAUUUAUGGACUUAAACAAACAUCUAGACAGUGGUACUCAAGGCUUACUACAACAUUCAACUUCAAAGGAUUCAGUCAUUUUUUAAAUGACUACUCUUUAUUUUUUAAGAAAUCAAAUAAUUCAAUUUCUAUUGUUGCAGUUUAUGUCGAUGAAAUACUAUUAACAGAAAAUGAUGAAGCAGAAUUACCGGCUUUGAAAAUCUUCUUAGAUGCCGAGUUCAAGAUUAAAGAUCUAGAAAAUUUGCAUUUUUUUCUGGGUUUAGAAGUCAUCAGAGAAACACAUGGAUUGAUUCUAUCUCAACAUAAGUUUAUUAUGAAUUUGUUGAUAGAAUUUGAUUCUUUACAUCUUUCUCCUGUUUCUACACCAUUGAACCCUUCUAUCAAAUUAGAGGCAGAUGAGGGAAUUCCAAUCAAAGACCCAACGUUGUACAGACAUUUACUUAGAAAACUGAAUUACCUGACUCACACAAGGCUAGAUUUUUCAUUCACCAUCCAGCAUCUCAGUCAAUAUAUGCAGGAUCCACGAGUUUCCCAUUUUAAUGCGGCUUUGCGAGUUCUUCGUUAUUUAUUGAAGGAUCCUGGUUUUGGUCUUUUUAUGUCCAGUUCUUCAUUAUUUCAACUACUUAUUUUUUGCGAUCCUGAUUGGGGUACUUGUCCUGAUUCUCGAAAAUCAAUUAGCGAAUUUUAUAUCUCUCUUGGCUCUUUUCCUAUCUCGUGGAAAUCAAAGAAACAAGCUUCAAUCUCACUCAGUUCAGUUGAAGCCGAGUAUAGAUCGAUGAGACGAGUAGUAGACGAACUGACCUGGUUGGUGCGUUUAUUCGAAGAUCUUUCUGUUCCAAUCUCCUUGUCGGUACCUCUUCACUCUGAUAGUCUAGCUGUCAUUCAUAUCGCAAAGAAUCUUUUUUUUCACGAACGAACGAAGCAUAUCGAAAUUGAUUGUCACUUCAUCCAUCAACAGUAUCUUGCGGGGUUCAUUUCCUUGUCAUUUGUGAAUUCAUCUUCGCAGCUAGCCGAUAUCUUCACCAAAUCAUUGACGGGACCUGUGCAUCAUCAACUCCUUGGCAAGUUGGAUGUUUCUUCCUCACCUCCAACUUGAGGGGGGAAGGGGGUGUUGGAAUUUUCUAAUUUAGGUGACAUUUUCUUUAAAUCUACAGAAUAUUUUUUAGUGUACAAAAUAUAUUUUCAUAGUCCUCUAGAGAUUAUUUUCUUUUUGGGUGUAAGUAAUAUUUUAUUUUCUUUAAUUGUUAAGUUUUAAGGUUUAACCACUUAUAUAAAUAGAGGUGUUUGUACA